UAAAGCUAAAAAGCCAGUCAGCCAGAGUGCAGGUGCAAGAGAGACAGAGAGUCAAUCUCAUAUUUCCUAGGAUCCAGUUUUUCCAUUUGGUGGGUUUGAUUAUUGAUCGCUCGUUUAUUUUUAUUUUGACGGAAUCCCCAAUCCAUUAGCACUACUAAACAACAGCAGAAACACCAACGCCACCACCAACUAAGAGGGAGAAACAAUGAGAAAAAGAAGUCAAUACACAGAAACAAGGAUAACCCAUAUUGUUAAUUUCCAGUAUACUUGAAGAUAUAGAAAGGAAAGAGAGAAAGAAAGAAUAGAGUUUUUGGGUGAAGGGUAAAUGGGAGUAUUGUACGAGGAUUUGGUGGUGAUUAGUGAAGCAGAGAAGCCAGGUGAUUCUACUCUGAUCACUGUCAAUUGCCCUGACAAAACUGGGCUUGGCUGUGAUUUGUGCAGGAUUAUCUUGCUUUUUGGCCUCAGCAUUUCUAGAGGAGAUUUGCAGACGGAUGGGAAAUGGUGCUACAUAUUGCUUUGGGUGGUGGGGAAACCAAACACUAGGUGGAAUCUGUUGAAGAAAAGGCUAUUGGAGGUGUGCCCAUCAUAUUUUUCAACAUCUGAAAUUUCCUACUAUAGGCCUCAGAACCAGGAGCCAAGGAAGCCAGAUGUGUUCCUCUUGAAGUUCUGGUGUUCUUAUGACCGAGAAGGCCUUUUACAUGAUGUAACCGAGGUUCUCUGUGAGCUAGAGCUAACCAUAAAGAGAGUGAAGGUGUCCACUGCCCCAGAUGGGAGAGUGAUGGACCUCUUUUACAUUACAGAUACUAGGGAACUUCUUCAUACACAACAUCGGCAGCAGGAAACAAUUCUUUAUUUGAAAGAUGUUUUAGGGGAUGCCUUGAUAAGCUGUGAUAUUGAAUCAGCUGGUGCAGAAGUUACUGCAUGUUCUCAGGGCUUGUCUUAUCUUGCUUCUGCAAUCACAGAAGACAUGUUCAGUUUGGAAUUGCUUGGCCAACAACGAAAUGGAUUUCUCACCUCCAACCCCAUAUCUGUUACAAUAGACAACAACUUGAGCCCCUCUCACACUCUUAUUCAGUUUCACUGCAAGGAUCAUAAAGGCCUUUUGUAUGAUAUUAUGAGAACCCUGAAGGAUUAUAAUAUCCAGAUCUCUUAUGGACGAUUUUAUGCAAGCCCAAAAGGGAACUGCGAAGUGGACUUGUUCAUAAUGCAAGCGGAUGGCAAGAAGAUAGUUGACCCCAAUAAACAAGACGCAUUAUGCUGUCGUUUGAAAAUGGAGCUUUUGCGCCCUCUUAGAGUUGCUGUGGUUAGCCGCGGUCCUGAUACAGAACUAAUUGUUACCAACCCUGUUGAAUUGUCUGGGAGGGGAAGGCCUCUUGUCUUUUAUGACAUUACCCUGGCUCUCAAGGUCCUAAACACCGCCAUUUUCUCGGUGGAGAUUGGAAGGCAUAUGAUUCGCGAUAGAGAGUGGGAAGUGUACAGAAUACUCCUUGAUGAAGGGGAUGGAUUUACAGUGCCCAGAAACAAGAUUGAAGAGGGUGUUAGAAAAGUACUAAUGGGUUGGGAUUAGAUUGUAUUAUUAAAAGUCUUCACUAACAUUGUACAGCAUGUAUUCUUAGCUUUCGUGUGUGAAUAUUGCAGCCAGGCACUAACCACGUACAGAAUGUAAAUUAUGACAUGCUUUAAAAUAGAAUGCUCCCUCCGUAUAAAUGAACUCAAAAUAUGAAAUUCAUUUAUAAAUGAAUUCUAUAUAGGAUUCAUUUCUAA